AUGCGGUUCGUGAAUCUGACCACUGGCUGCGAGGGCGCGCCGACACCAAGUACUGCCCAGAAACCCAGAAAAUAAAGAAGGUGAAAUCGAAGCGGGGAAAAGAGGGGUUUGGCCGGGCCGUCUCGUGCCCUCGCGCGCUUCGCCGCGGAGACCCAGCUCCGGCCGGUCGAGCGCCGUACCGCAGAGGAGAAAGCACGCCGCGCAGCCGUGGGGACUGGGUAGGAUCGCCGCCGCGGGUCGGGGAGGAGUUCCAGGCCGCCGAGGGGACCCAAAUGGUGACACGCUUCGCUCCCCGCGUGGUAUCUCCCCGUCUCGGUCGCUCCAUGUGGGCCGAUGCUGCUCCUCUUCGUCCCGACCCGCACCCACCGCCCUUCUUGUCCGUGCCGCCGCUGCAAGACCUCAACGCCCGGCUGAAGCGCCUGGUCCAGUCGGGCCGGCUACCCGACGCGCAGGCCCUGUUCGACGGGGCGCCGCACCGCGACGAGGCCUCCUACUCCGCCCUCCUCGCGGGCCAUGCGGCGGCGGGGGAUGUCUCCGGCGCCAUGGCGCUCUUCUCCCGCCUCCGCGCAUCCUCGCUCCCGGCCGCUGAUCCCUUCGUGCUCAGCCUCGCGUUCAAGGCCUGCGCCGCGGCCGCCGACGCCAGCCAUGCCGCGUCACUGCACGCCUUCGCUGUCAGGUCCUCGGCCGUCUCCUCCGUCUUCGUCGCCACCGCGCUGGCCGACGCCUAUGCCAAGGCCGGCUGCCUCGCGCUGGCGCUCAGGGUGUUCGACGAAAUGCCGCUCAAGAACGUGGUCUCCUGGACCACGCUCGUCUCCGCGCUGGCCCGGGCCGGCCGCCGCCACGACGCGGUCCGCCGCUUCGCGGAGAUGCGCGCCUCUGGCAUGCCCUGUGACUCGCAUGCCUUCGCGGCCGCGCUCACCGCGUGCGCCGACACCGGUCUGCUGUCGCGCGGACGUGAGGUGCACGCACUCUGCGCCAAGCUCGGCUUCGACGCCACACCCUACGUCGCCAACACACUCGCCACGCUGUACGCGCGCUGCGGGGACGUCCACCGCGCACUGGCUGCGGUCAGCCGCAUGGGCUCGCGAGACGUUGCCGCGUGGACGACGGUGAUAUCCUCCUAUGCGCAGACUGGUUGUGCCAAGGAAGCCAUCCUGGCAUUCGUCGCGAUGCUUAGGGACGGGGCAUCAAAUGCGGCAAGGCCCAACGAAUACACAUACGCUGCAGUUAUUGCUGCGUGUGCAAAUAUUUCAUGUGUCUACCUUGGAGAGCAGUUGCACGCACAAGCUGCACAAAGAGGGUUCGCCAGUGCCCGCUCGGUGGCCAAUUCACUCGUCACACUCUACGCACGCGCCGCCGGUCGUCUGUCAGCAGCAGAUGCCGUGUUCCGGGAAAGUGCUGCCAAGGAUGUUGUCUCUUGGAGUGCAAUCAUAUCAGGCUAUGCGCAGGAAGGGCUUGCCGGGGAGGCUUUUGCCCUGUUUACUGAAAUGCGGCGGCACCAUUUUUCUCGUCCCAAUGAGUUUACUCUUGCCAGUCUCCUCAGUGUGUGUGCAACUGCUGCGACACUGGACGCUGGUCGCCAGCUCCAUGCACUUGCUGUCGCUGCUGGACUUGAACACCAUGCCAUGGUCAGGAGUGCACUCAUUGACAUGUAUGGGAAGAGUGGCAACAUGUCAGACGCUGAUGUAGUAUUUUCCAAUCGCACGAAAGAUGAUGUUAUUUCAUGGACCGCGAUGAUCGUCGGGAAUGCUGAGCAUGGCCACAGUGGAAGGGCACUUCAAUUGUUUGAGGAAAUGUGCCGUGUUGGGCUAAAGCCGGACCAUGUUGCGUUCAUAGGUGUGCUCAGUGCUUGCUGUCAUGCGGGGGCAGUUGAGCUUGGAUUGAGGUACCUCAAUGUGAUGAGCAAAAGCUAUGGACUGGAGCCGGCAAAGGAGCACUAUGGCUGUGUCGUGGAUUUGUUGGGCAGAGCUGGUAGAAUAGACGAGGCUGAGGAGUUGAUCGCUGGUAUGGCAGCUAAUGAAAGAGAUGGCGUUGUUUGGACAUCUUUGCUUAGGGCAUGUGCAGCUCGGGGGGAAGAGCAAACCGGAAAGAAAGCUGCAGAGAGGGCAAUGGAAGCAGAGCCAUGGGGUGCAGGAGCACAUGUGGCAAUGGCGAAUCUAUACGCCAGCAAGGGACAAUGGUCUGAGGCAGCACAAGAGAGACAUAUGAUGAAGCAGAAAGGGGUUGUGAAAGGAGUAGGGUGGUCAUCAGUCACAGUUGGAGGGGAGGAGAGAGGAGUUGGGGUGUUUGUUGCAGGUGACCGUACACAUCCCCAAGACAAUGUGAUCUAUGAGAUGCUUGACUUGAUUUACUAUGGAGUUGGAAUGGCUCGGUAUGUACCCGAUCAGAUGAAUUUAGCAUCUGAGGUAGAGCUAAUGGUUGACACUUACAGUAGUAGUUAACUGAGUAAUUUCAGAAGGAGAUUGGCUUGAAAAAUAAUAAUACAGAAGUCCUUGGCACGAUGAGCACUAAUGCGGCCAUGUGAUUUAGAAGUUCUGCUGCUGUGCUGAAGUACUGAUUUAAUAGUAGUUCUUCGGUAUUACCACUGGGGCUUUGAUCUUGGUACGCUUUUGGUAAGAUGGUUGAUUGCCUGCAGCAUAUAUGUAUGAGGCAAGAGUUCUCUGUUGAAGCUUUAGCGCUCAGGCUGGUGCCAAAAGUAGCAGUUCUGCGUCUACCACAGAUCAGAGCAACAAAAGUUCUGAUAUCUGCAUCAGAAUUGCAUUGAAGAUCACUCCUUGCUCUAUGAACUAAUACAUGUUUGUGACGUUGCACAAGACUUGGACCAGACAAUGAUGUGACGGGGGGUUGAUGUUUUUUCUCUCUCUUAAGAAGUGUGUGCCUCACUGAUCCCCUUGUUUUGAAGGAAGCCAGGCCACAUUAGAUAUAUCAGCAUUCUUUCCAGCAACAUUGCUGCACCGGUGGCACCCGAAAUCGUGUCAACUUGUAUAUCAUACUAAGGGCCUGUUCGGAUGUCCACCGGCUUCGCGGAUCUGCGGAGCAUCUAAUUUCCAGCUCCACUAAUUUACACUGUAGCUCCGCCAGCUCCUCAGACAGAACCUGGAGCGGAGGGACUGCGAACACCUCCUAAUUGGAAGAGGAAUGAGAGCCCAUCAGGCCCAGGAGCUCCGUCCACAUAAGACCCAAAUACCGUUUCUUUCACCUCGUCUUCUGAGAAAGGUUUUUGUAAGGAAGCAUUAUCACUAUUGGACGCCUGCUAAGCUAUGCUGGUUCGAGAGGUUCGACCGGAAUGCAAUGUUUAUUGGAUUCAGGAGGGGAUCUGCGGGCGUAGUUUACCAGCCUACGAAUGCACCCCUUCUUGACCGUGUCGUUGAUCCACACCUUACUUCCUCGCCACUUCUCGUGUUGACGUCUCCCCUCUCUCUCGCUCGCUCGUCCGUUGCCUUGUAUUCGGUGCAUUUGACGAUUCGGGAGCAAGACGCGACCGUUAGCAGUCGACGGAUCGCUUUGCGGUUUGUUUAACUGUUUGGUUGACUCCGCAAGCUGGGCCUGGCAUCGACAGUGAUUAUCCGUCAAACAUUGUUUUACGCUCCGAGAAAAGUACGCGUCCUUCACUUCUUCUGUUAA